CAUUGUUUCGAACAGUUGCCAUGAUGGUUCCGGAUUAUUCUUUGAUUGGAGAAAUUUCACUUUAUUCCAUGGGAUUUUUGGACUCUCGAAGUCUUGCCCAGAAGAUCGUCGCCACGUACCGUUUGUGCUCAGAGCAGCUCUCAUCUCAGCACCACUACGAUUAUGGCAUGCGUGCUGUUAAAUCUGUGCUGACAGCAGCAGGAAACUUAAAGCUCAAGUACCCAGCUGAGAAUGAGAGCGUGCUGCUGCUGCGCGCUUUGAUGGAUGUGAACCUCGCCAAAUUCCUGGCACAGGAUGUGCCCUUGUUUCAGAGUAUCAUAUCUGACCUGUUCCCAGGAGUGGUUCUUCCCUCACCUGACUACGAGCUCUUUGCCCAGGCAGUGACUGCAAAUAUCAGGAAAAUGGAUCUUCAGCCGGUUCCGUGGUUCAUUGGGAAAAUUAUUCAGGUUCUUCUCACACUUAUUUCUUGGGGAGAUGCCAGAGCAAAUGAUUGAGAAAUGUUCUUCAUCCCUUCUCUGACAGU